GACAGAUGCCUGCAACUAAGAAACAGGACAAGUUCUUCCUCCAUAGAUGGGCCAAUCGUCUGCAAAUUUGUCCCCAUCUGCAACAAUUAUAACUCCCAUACAAUACAACCAACUUAUCUCCACAAUCACAACGUGGGGUCCUCUGGUUUUCCCUUAUUUAUACCGACUCCCCCUCUGCCCGCAGCCCUCCAUCAUGUACACGCCUUCACCUUCAUCUCGCAUUCGUGUUCAGUCCCCUGUCUUCAUUCGUUCAGCACACUUUCACCAGUGUUGAAGGACCAUGGUGAUGUCUCUGCAAUAUUGUCCCUCUUACAUGGCGUGCAUUUGGGUCCUGAUGAUGAUCAUGACAGUGAUGAAUGCUCCUAGGAUGGCCGGUGCACAGGGCCCGCCUCCACCUGGCUACUACCCCAGCUCCAGAUUCGACGCCAUGACCUUUGAUCAAGGGUUCAGGAACCUGUGGGGGCCUCGGCACCAGAUUGUAGACCAGGGCUCUGUGACCAUCUGGCUUGAUAGUUCCUCGGGAAGCGGAUUCAAGUCGCUUCGACCCUACAAAUCUGGCUAUUUCAGUGCUGCUGUGAAGCUUCAACCUGGUUACACGGCAGGCGUCAACACAUGUUUCUACCUAUCGAACAACGAGGACUACCCAGGUAACCACGACGAGGUGGACAUAGAGUUCCUCGGGACGACGGCCGAUAAGCCGUACACGUUGCAGACGAACGUGUACAUCACCGGGAGUGGGGACGGCAACAUCAUCGGGAGGGAGAUGAAGUUCCAUCUCUGGUUCGACCCCACCGAGGAUUUCCACAACUACGCAAUUCUCUGGACCCCUAUGGAGAUCAUAUUCUUGGUGGAUGAUGUGCCGAUACGGAGGUACCCUAGAAAGAGCGACGCGACGUUUCCCGAGAGACCGAUGUGGGUGUACGGAUCGAUAUGGGACGCGUCGUCCUGGGCCACGGAGAACGGCAAAUACAAAGCCAACUACCAAUACCAACCCUUCGUCGGGAAGUACACAAACUUCAAGAUAGGUGGGUGCACCGCCGACAGCUCCGCCUCGUGCCAGCCGCCUUCCGCCUCGCCGUCGAGAUCCGGCGGGCUGAGCCGCCAACAGAAGGCCGCGAUGGAGUGGGUCCAAAGGAACUACAUGGUCUACUACUACUGUGGGGAUCCAAGUAGAGACCAGAGCCUCACUCCUGAAUGUUGAGAGAGAGAGAGAGAGAGAGAGAGAGAGAGAUGAUUGUCCUUAUUCAAGUGUCUAUUAUUCCCAGUAAGCCCUAAAGUUGUGGGGGCGUCUUGAGAUGUGUCCCACUUGCCAAAAGAGCAAAAGAACAGUCGAUCGUCCAAGCCCCGAAGAACUUUGUCUCAGUUUGGGUUCAAAACUUGUAUGGAUUCGCGAAAGAAUUGAAUGAAAUAACUGUCAUCGAAGUGUUCGCAACAA